GACUCUCCCACCACCACGUAACGUCAAGGGUCCCCUGGCCUGUUCUGGAGUGUAGGCGCACAUUACUCCAUAAACACAGUAAGUUACUGCCAACUACACCUUUGAAAGCCCCCAAAAAUUGUCGUUAUAAUCUUAAAAAACGAGGAUUUACAGUGGAAUUUUUUGAAGAAUUGAAUUUGUCUAUUCAUUCUCUUUAACUGAAAAAAAGAACGGUGGAAAACGGCCUCGUUUGAGGCAUUCAGAAGAAAAGUAACUUUUUUGUGUACAAACAAGAAUCACUGCUUCGGACAGUUAUCUAAUCCAUUCAUGGGUCAUUGAAACAAGGAAUGGAAAAGGAAAUAACCUCAUUGAACGAGUCUCAUUCCUAUAAUGAUCGUAACGAAACGGAAAACCGAGAAAGUCAGCAAGGAGGUUCGUCAACAUCGACAGCACCGAUUGACUUUCAGCCAAGGCAAAGACGGACAACUCUACGUGCUGCCAGACGUGUAAACAAUGGUGGCAUCGAUGGCAGCAGUGUCAAUAGCAGAGCUACACUUGGCAUAAACGGUCAUCACUCUACCCUUCGUUUACAAACGACAGGUCUAACGAAUGGUACCAGUACUGAUCCCAUCUCCCCUAUUCAGAUCGGAACCGUUGAGUCGUCACCGAACGGAUUGAGCGAUCGCCAUCCUGCUACUCGGAGUACAUAUGACCUGGAUCAGAUGUGCAGCCCCUCUACGUCUAUGUCGAAUACAAGUGCAAACGAUUUCUAUGAGUCACCCACACACUCAACAUCUUUACUGGUAUCCCAGGACGGAGAGGCUCCGGGCACCAGAGCAGGUGACACGAUGGACUCUGCACGGCACAGCAUCCCGCCUGACAUAGAUUCAGCUCGGUGGGCAGAAGCGGUUAAGCAAAGGCGUCUCAACCAGCGCAAGCGACUUGAAGAGCUUGACGAUGACUGCGUGCUCGUAGGCACGCGUGUGUCUGAAGGUCACGAAAAUUACGUUACCGCGUACAACAUGCUGACCGGAAUCCGAGUUGGUGUAUCUCGUUGCCAAGCGAAAGUUGAUCGUGAGCUUGUAGCAUCAGAUUUUACAGCCAAACACAAGUUCACGUUUGACAUUACGGGGAACGAACUGACACCUUCUGCAAAAUAUGACUUCAAGUUCAAAGAUUACGCUCCGUGGGUCUUUCGACAUCUUCGUCAACUCUUUCAUCUCGAUGCAGCCGAUUAUCUCGUUUCGCUGACCAGUAAAUACAUUCUUUCUGAGCUGGGCUCUCCCGGUAAAAGUGGUUCUUUCUUUUACUUUUCUCGCGACUAUCGUUUCAUCAUUAAAACCAUUCAUCAUUCUGAACAUAAGUUCCUGCGUGAUAUUCUCCGAGACUAUUAUAAUCACGUAAAAAACAAUCCUAAUACUCUAAUCUCGCAGUUUUAUGGCUUGCAUCGCGUUAAGCUUCCUUUUGGUCGCAAGAUCCACUUUGUUGUGAUGAAUAAUCUUUUCCCUCCGCACCGUGAUAUCCAUCAAAUGUUCGACCUAAAAGGCUCGACUUUGGGCCGCGAGCUCGAUGAAGAGCUUGCAAAGAAGAAUCCUUCGGCAACAAUGAAGGACACCAACUGGAUCAAUCGAAAUAUGCAUCUUCAAUUUGGUCCUCUCAAACGACAACUUUUACUUGCACAAAUGAAAGCAGACGUAGAUUUGCUUUCGUCUCUUGGAAUUAUGGAUUACAGUAUGCUUAUCGGAAUCCACGACUUAAACCGUGGUAACCGUGAUAACAUUCGAGACAGCAUCUUGUCCGUCUAUGAGCCGGACAUGUCGCACCAUGCCUUAAUUGCAGGUCCACAAACUCAAUCUACUGCCCAUGAGAUGCGACGAGCCGUAAACACGACUGGACCUGUCUCCCUUGAUCGCUCAUGUUACCGGCUCCCCGACGACCAGUUCAUGGAGCGCAGACAUUUUUUGUUUUAUUGUGAUGAUGGCGGUUUUCGUGCUACCGAUGAAAACAACCAGCCUGGUAAUUUCAUUUUCUACAUUGGUAUUAUUGAUCUGCUUACAAAGUACAAUUACGUGAAACGAGUAGAACACUUUUGGAAAGGGCUGAGUCAUCCACGAUCCGACAUAUCCUCCGUUCCUCCUCCUGAGUAUGCAGAGCGUUUCUUAGGAUUUAUUGCCAACAGCAUCAAUCCAUCACCGCUGUUAUUACGCGCAACCCCCAUAAAAAGGACUGAGCCCGUUCUUGGGCUUACACCUGAAGGCGAUGAAGAGCAGGAUCCUCCGCCUUCGCAGCCAACUGUCGGUGCUCUUAACAACUCAUCCCUUCAACUUCCCUCUUCUCCCCGCAAUCCUAUUACUGAUGAUACGGAAUCCUUGGAAAUGCCCGCGUAUUCCUACCAUGGAUCCGCUGCUCGUCUGGCUUCAUAACUUUACUUUACGCACGCACACACUUAACACAUGAACAAUCACAGCAUUCAGUCCUACUAUUUUUUACUACUACUUUUACUAUUACUACUACAUAUGUACAUAAGUCGCCCAGUCCUUUACUGAGGUCUUCAUCUGUUCGAAUUUGGGCCUUUUCGAUGCAUCAGUCGCAGCUUUACGGCGUCGUUUAAGCCGUGUGUUACAUACAGACUGUACUCUGUGCAGAGCAGAGCUCAAGGGAUUAAGGAUCAUUUAGUCAUUGUCUAUUUAAUACAGUAAUGCAUGUCGUCCUGCGAUGAGAGUCGCACUCG